GCAUCUCCUCGCCAAAUGGAAUUGCCCUUUUCGGCGGGAUCUAAAAUUCAUAGCCGCGGCCCCGUCAUGGAAGCGACUUCUCCGCGGGAGAGUGAAUUCAUAGGAGCCGGGCCCCUGGAUGGUAAGACUGAUCAGAAUGGAUGCCGGCCCGAAGAAGAACGAGCGUCAAAAGGAGACGCCACGUUUGCACUGUUGGCCAGCUCGGAAGACGGACGCGAGAAGGUUCCUUCUGAGAUUCUCAGCUCACAUUCCACCGCGUCUCCCGGGGACACCGCUGAGCCGCCCGCGGAAAAAGAUUCCCCCGAAUCUCCCUUUGAAGUCAUUGCUGACAAGCUGGAAUUUGAUAAGGAGUUUAAAGAGGUCGUGACCAGCAGCUCCAAGGACAUCGGGAGCAACUGGGUGAUACACGGCGAAAGGGAGCAGUUGACCGAUAUUCCAGAAGACAGCAUUUGCGAGUUCCAGGCAAAACCCCGUAGUAGUGGGCGGCUUCCCUCAGGACCGGGGCUCUCCCGCCAGUCUUCAGGCACAACGGCGGCUCUGGAGGAAGUCUCCAAAUGCGUCCGCGAUCUACACAGUUUCACCAAUGAGCUGCUUAACUGGGACCUGAUUCCCAAGGAUCUGGAAGACAAGGCAGAUGACUUUAUCAACACGGGCUUUAAGGCCUCACCCGGCGAAAUCGGCGGUGGCGUUCCAGAACCCGUGGUGAAGCCUAGCGAUACAGAAACCGGCAAGGCUCCCGCGCCUCACCAGCCUGUGACAAUCAGCCUCCACCCAAAAGGCAAGCCGUCUCCAAAAGUAGACAAGGAUCAAGCCGCUGUGGUUGGCCAAGCCGUCACUGUGGUGAAAAGUGCUCCUCCGGAAGCCGUCCAGAUGACAACCGAGCUCUCUUGGCCCAAUCUAUGCCUGCCUGAAACCGCUGAUGCGGAUAGCUCUGGAGAAUCUGAUGACACGGUCAUCGAAGAUGUUCCCGCUGACCUGACAUUCCCGAAUAAGGUGGUGGCUGAGAAUUGCCAGGGCUUCUCCAAACUCAUCGGCUCCUCUGAGGCAGAAAUCGAAUAUAUAGAUGAGGAGGAGGCAUCUGAUGAGCUUCAGGAAGACCAAAUGGUUUCCCAGUCCUUGGAAAGCCGUUGGCGAUUCACGGAUGAGUUCAAAGUAAUCCCAGCUACAGAGAGACCGUCUCCUGCAUUUCAGUCUUCCAGAGAACCUGAUCUGAGCCCACCUUCUAAAGCCAAGCAGGCAUUUGACGCUGGAGAACUGGAGGUGCCGAGGAAGACGCCCAAGGCCGAAGACCCCUCGCGAAAGAUUACUUUGGACAGCGUCAAAGAGGUGGUGUGCCCGGAUGGUCUGGGCAGUGAAAGUUUUAUGGACUUCAUGAAGGAGUGCUUAAAAUCCAAGGGGGCUGAAUCUCCGGAAGACCCAGUGGAGAUGUUCUCGGAGGCGGAGCUGAAGGCCGCUCGCUCCCAAGGGGCGUGGCCCUACUUUCAGCAGCCGCCCCAAGGGAAGCAGGAUUUCGAACACGAGCACAUCACCAUCACAGCCCUCAAAGAGGUGGGGAGGAAAGCUGAGAGACCCACACUCUUCUCUCCCCCCAGAGGGAGGCACUUCGGACAGUACUGUGAGUUCCCGCCCGACGCGCUACCCUCUGCUCCAAAGUCAGCCUUGGAGAAGAGACCUCUCUGCCUUGAGCAGGCCGUCGAUGUGAUGCUGGUUCCCGCCAGCGUCAGUCUUGGGAAAACUUCUCACCCGCUUCCUCCCGAGCCGCCGUCUGUGCUACAUGCCCUUACAAAAUUACUGGCUCAAUUCUCAGUGCGAGACCUGGUUUUCUGGAGGGAUGUGAAGAAGUCCGGGGCCGUGUUCAGCACCACCCUGAUCCUGCUCCUCUCCCUGGCCGCCUUUAGCGUCAUCAGCGUCGUCUCGUACCUCAUCCUGGCCCUGCUGUCUGUCACCAUCUGCUUCCGGGUCUACAAGUCCGUCAUCCAAGCUGUGCAGAAAUCCGAAGAAGGCCAUCCCUUCAAAGCCUACUUAAACAUGGACGUCAACCUCUCCUCCGAGACCUUCCAUAACUACGUCAGCUCUGCCCUGGUCCACGUCAACCAUAUCCUGAAAGCCAUCCUACGCCUCUUCCUGGUGGAAGAUUUGGUCGAUUCACUGAAGCUCGCGGUCGUCAUGUGGCUGAUGACGUACGUCGGGGCCAUUUUUAAUGGGAUCACCCUCCUCAUCCUAGGGGAAUUGCUGGUUUUCAGCAUGCCGGUCGUUUAUGAGAAAUAUAAGACUCAGAUCGACCAUUAUGUCGGGAUCGUGCGGGAUCAAGUCAAAUCUGCAGCUACAAAGAUCCAAGCAAAGCUUCCUGGCACCGUGAAGAAAAAGCCCGAAUAACCCCCACCAGGCAUCACGAAGACCCAGCCAUUAACAAAACGAAAAACACCCCCCCCCCCAAACAAAG